AUGGAGCAAGAAGAUUUGAUAGAAGAUAUUGAUGCAUUACAAUUAGCACAAAGUGAAAAAAUAUUUACAAAAGCAUCCAAUUUUUUUAUCAGAAAAUGGAACAGGAAAGAACCAACAUUCAUCGAGUAUUUUCAAAAGGAAUGGUUAACUUCACAUCGUGGUUGGUACGAAGGUAUUCAGCAGUUAACCCCAAGUACAAAUAAUGGUUUGGAGUCCAACAACAGAGUGAUUAAAGACGAAAAUACAUUUCGAGAACGUCUUCCAUUAUCCAGAUUUAAAAUUUUAACUUUUGAAAUGGUACAAAAAUGGUCAAAAUCAUACGAAAGAGGCCUCAAACAAUUUCAUGAUGAACAAACGGUGACAUUAGAUAUAUGGACUAAAAAUGAAAUUGAAUUUUACAUACCAGGUGGUCAACAAUUAAGUAUUUCAAAAAACGAAAUUGGCGUAAUGAAAAAAAUGAAGUGGUAUUCGUUCGACCAAUAUAAAGCAAAAGCAUUUAAUAUCUGGCACGUGAUAUUACCAAUGGAUUCAGCAAAAUGGUUAAAUGGUCAAUGUAAUUGUCCAGUAUAUUUCAAGAAGUUCAUGUGUAAACAUAUCGUUGGAUUGGCAAUUCGACUCAAUUAUUGUAAACCUCCACCUGCUGCAAAAAACAUUCCAAUAGGAGAAAAAAGACGUAGAGGUCGACCCUCAAAAGCUAAAAAAGCAUUACUUAUUCAAUAA